AUGGGCCGCGCUUGUGUGGAUCACUAUGCAUUUAUGCGGCGACAUUGCGUGUUUUCAAAUGACGAAUUGCUCUGCACUCUUGCCGACGUUGCUACUGGCCGUGUCACUGUUGAGCAGGCAAUGUCAGUUUCUGCAACCUCACCUCGACGCCUAAAUGAAUCAACAGCUGGAUUGGAUACCUCCUGUAUUGCCACCGUUCACCAACAGCUUGAAGUUGUGCUCAAAGAAGAGCGUAACCUGCGAAAACAGGUAGCACAGGCUGGAAUUGUUCGCUCAAAACGAAUGUUUUUUGACUCUUUACAGGAUGACGAACGAGCUUGUGAGCUGUGCCAAACCACUCUAUUUCUUUCUGGCAUAAUUUGUUCUUGUGUUCACAUGUCACAAAGGAGCGAUGAAGCCGUAAGCAAUCUCGAGCAGUCGUGCCAUGCAGAUCAAGCCGAAAUAACUUCAUUAGGAGCUAAUUUUCCUAUUGGCAUUAAGCACAAAUUGGAUAAAUGGGCUUCCUAUCCAAACGAACGUGUUUCCGGUAUGGCUGGUGAGUAG